AUGGAUCGACAUAUUGAUGGAAAGGAGGUUCUUAUCGAGCCAUUCCAGCUUCCAGGUGGAACCGUGCGUAUCGCGAGGGUUCUAGUAACACCCUCUGAGGGUAGAGUGUGGGUCAAAGCGGUCAACCUGUGUGGCAAAGAAGUCUGCAUCGACAAGGGGAUCGUGAUUGUAGUAGCUUCCCCCACCCAUUUGGUCCUGGGACCGAGCAGUAGAAUUUCUUCACUUGGUUCCAGUGAUAAUGAUAAUUAUUUCGAGAGCUUCAUUGAGGACAGACAAAACCACUUACAGAUCGAAGAUAUAAAUUCAAUCAAGCAGCUAAUCGAGCGGUAUGUUCUCAGUCCUGAAAGAAAAGGGGAUUUCCAUUGUACUGGAGUUGAACACGCCGUCGUCACUGGGGAUGCCAAGCCAAUAGCUGUUCGACCUUACCGGACUCCUCAUAUCAUGAACUGAUCAGGACUAGAUAUUCCCUUUUCCACGUACAAGAGAAGUAAUCUUAAGCAGGAGCUAAACACAUCCGGAAAGAAUUCUGAUUUAGUCUUCAUUGGUACCUUUAAUGCCACAUUCAAUCCUGGUGUUUUUCCCAUCUUAAGGCUGGUGCAGGCAGACAUCUCUGAGAUUCCCAGGUGA